AUGAAGACGGUUGAUACGUUUCCGUACCCGCACGAUAUGGCCUAUGAGCAGACAGUGGGCAAGAUGUUCCAGUUUUACUCCCAUGAUGGCACAGUUUUGGGGUACAUGUUGCCGCUAGUGGCGCUAGAAUUGAGCAAACACCCCGAGACGGUCACGGUCAAUUACGCAGCACAGACGGUAACAAUCAGUGCCACGCUUGCCAGCAUAGAGGCACGUGAUGUGGCGUUUGACAAGAUUGCGCGGUGUUGGAAGAAUGCUGGCUCUUUUGAGACGUUGGAGGGCUGGCGCGAUGAGCAAUACGUGGUAUACCAUCCGCUGUCGGUGCCGUACUUGCGCGUGGAGCGCGCCUUUUCGGUCCUCAUUGGGGUCGUCACCUACGGUGUCCAUAUCAACGGAUACGUGCCAAAAGAGCAUUCUACCACGGGAAAGACCCAGAUGUGGAUUGCCCGCAGAUCGACCACCAAGCCCACAUUCCCAGGAAUGUUGGACAACACCAUUGCCGGGGGCAUCGGGUAUCCACAGACGGUGAAUGAGACUGUUAUUAAAGAGGCAAUGGAGGAGGCCAGUCUCCCUGAAGAGUAUGUCACGGAGCAUGUUCGCUCUGCGGGUGUUCUUUCGUACAUGUACCAGCACGACCCGACGUCGAUGAAGGAGGCGGGGCUCAUCCAGCCGGAGGUGCAGUUUAUCUACGAUUUGCCAUUCAUUGGGGUUGUACCAGGGGUGAAUGACGAUGAGGUGGGCGGGUUUGAGUUGAUGGAUAUAGCCGAUGUCAAGCAAGCCAUGUUAUGCGGCGAGUUCAAGCCGAACUGUGCGAUGGUUAUGCUUGACUUUUUGAUCAGGCAUGGAUUUUUGCGUGCUGGCACUGCUGUUGACGAGGACCCAGAGGUGGAGUAUAUCGAGGUGAGCGAGUUUUUGGAUAUCCAGUCUCGGUGUCACCGUCGGAUUCCCUUUCCGACGAUGUAG